GUCACUUCCUGGUUCCGUCAACACACGUGUGUCUGUGUGUGUGUGUGAAGACCGGACUGCAGAGAACCUCUCCAGAACCCAUUAGAACCGUUAGAACCGCAGUCCGUCAUGUUGGAGCAGCUCGGUCUGAUCGGAACGAUCCGGGACGAGGAUCAGAGUCCGGAGGAGCCCGACAGCGAGUCCGAGCAGGAGGAGCAGCCCAUCGUCCUGAACAGGAAGAAGAAGUUUGGUGUGUCCAGAGACUUUAACUGCGACUUUGAGUUUGGGGAGAAGGACGGUGCGAGCGCUGACCAGGACUGGCUGAUGGCCGACGUCAUGAAGCAGCUCAAGAACAAGAGAACCAUCACAACUCUGGACCAGAAGAUCGAUAAAGUCAGGAAGAAGAGGAAAGCCGAGGAGAAGUCCUCCCAGAGCGACGCAGCUGAAGGUUCCUCAGAGAAGAACCAGGAGAACCAAGACGAAGACGAAGAUGUGAAGCCUGAAGCAGGAGAGGAUGAUGAUGGAAGUGAUGAAGAGGAGGAUGAAGAUGAGGAAUUUGGCUCGAGCGAUGAGGAGGUUCUGACCCAAUCAGACACCCUCAGAGAGAAGCAGCGCCGGGGGAGGAGGAGGAAGGAGGAGGAGGAGGAGGCUCCAGAGUCGUUCUACGAAGACGCGUCUCAGUACGACGAUCAGCUGACCUUUGACGACAUGAACCUGUCCAGACCCAUCCUGAAGGCCGUCACUGCUCUGGGCUUUAAGCAGCCGACUCCCAUCCAGAAGGCCUGUGUUCCUGUCGGCCUGCUGGGCAGAGACCUUUGCGCCUGCGCUGCUACUGGGACAGGGAAGACGGCAGCCUUCAUGUUGCCCGUGUUGGAGCGUUUGGUUUUUAAGCCCAGAACGUCCCAGGUGACCCGGGUGUUGGUUCUGGUUCCGACCAGAGAGCUGGGGAUCCAGGUCCACUCUGUGGCCCGUCAGCUGGCCCAGUUCACCUCCAUCACCACCUGCCUGGCUGUCGGUGGGUUGGAUCUGAAGUCUCAGGAGGCGGCACUUAGGGCGGGGCCAGACAUCCUGAUCGCUACACCUGGUCGGUUGAUCGAUCACCUGCACAACACGCCGAGCUUCGAGCUGACUCACAUUGAGAUCCUGAUCCUGGACGAGGCCGACAGGAUGCUGGACGAGUACUUUGAAGAGCAGAUGAAGGAGAUCAUCAGAUUGUGUUCCUACAACAGACAGACGAUGCUGUUCUCCGCCACCAUGACAGAGGAGGUGAAGGACCUGGCUGCAGUGUCGCUGAAACAGCCAAUCAGGAUCUUCGUUAACAGCAACACUGAUGUGGCUCCGUUCCUGCGGCAGGAGUUCGUCCGAAUCCGACCUCAUAGAGAAGGAGACCGAGAGGCCGUGGUGGCAGCUCUGCUGACUCGGACGUUCCAGGACCAUGUCAUGUUGUUCACUCAGACGAGGAAACAGGCUCACCGGCUGCACAUCCUGCUGGGCCUGAUGGGCCUGAAGGUUGGAGAACUGCACGGAGAACUGAGCCAGAACCAGAGACUGGAGAACCUCAGACGUUUUAAAGAUGAACAAAUCGAUAUCUUGGUGGCGACGGACGUAGCAGCUCGAGGUCUGGACAUCGAUGGAGUUAAAACGGUGAUAAACUUCACGAUGCCGUCCACAGUCAAGCAUUACGUCCACCGUGUGGGUCGGACUGCCAGAGCCGGUCGGUCGGGACGUUCGGUGUCUCUGGUCGGAGAGUCUGAGAGGAAGAUGCUGAAGGAGGUGGUGAAGGCGGCCAAGAACAGCGUGAAGGCUCGCGUGCUGCCGCCAGAGGUCGUCCUGAAGUUCAGAGAUCUGAUCUCCAAACUAGAGAAAGACGUCGAAGCUGUGAUGAAGCUGGAGAGAGAAGAAAGAGAGCUGGCAGCGUCUGAGGCCAAGCUGAGUGUGGCUCAGAAGCGUCUCGAUGGCUCCGCCUCCAGUCAAUCACAGAGAGUUUGGUUUCAGACUCAACAAGAAAGAAAACAGAGUCGUAUGUCCAAGGCUCUGCAGGACUUCGAUCUCGCUCUCAGAGGGAAGAAGAAGAGACAGAAGUUCCUGAAGGACGGCAAGAAGAAGGAGCUGACGUCUGAGGAGCGCGCUCAGUUCGAGAUCCUGAAGGCUCAGAUGUUCGCCGAGCGAGCGGCCAAGAGAGAGAGACGGCCAAAGAGGGCGAGAGCCAUGAUGGAGGAGGAGGCGCCGCCAAGCAAAGCAGCCAAUCAGAAAGCAGGAAAAGGAGGCAGGAAGUCAGCAUUUGAUAAAGAGCUGACCAACACCAGCAGCAAAUCAGUGAGACAGUACAGAGCUGGGCCAUCCUUCUCGGACAGGAAGCGUCUAGGUUUGGAUCGGCAACGUCGUGGUGGUUCCAGGUUCAAGAAGAAGUGAAGGACAACGUGGACGCAGCAGCUGUUCUUCUCUGAUUCCUCCACCGUGUCUCCUUCUUCUUCGUCUUUUUGUUUGUUGAACCAGUUUUGAAUAAAGUUGUGGUUUAUGAUUAA